AUGCCUGAGAAAAGCAUUAGCUAUCAGGGUUACCUGUUACAUAAGACCUCAGGCGAUUCAAAGAUGGUGACUAAGAUGGCUCCUGAUGCCAUAAGUAAUGAUGAAUCGACACCUAUGGAAGAAGUUCGAGUCAUAGACAAACAAUCAUUUGAAUACGUUAUAAGGUCAGGGAUAGCUGGUGGUAUAGCUGGAAGUGCAGCAAAGACAUUGAUAGCACCAUUAGACAGAGUCAAGAUAUUAUUUCAGACAUCAAAUCCCGAUUUUUUGAAGUAUAGAGGAAAGUUUUUUGGUUUAUUUAGAGCAUCGAAACAAAUUUGGCUUAAUGAUGGUAUCUAUGGUUUAUUUCAGGGUCAUUCUGUUACUUUAAUGAGAAUAUUUCCUUAUGCAGCUAUUAAAUUUGUUGCUUAUGAACAAAUUAGGGCGGUCCUAAUUCCAGAUGAUUUAUAUGAAACUGCCAUUAGACGAAUUAUGGCAGGUUCAUUCAGCGGAUUAUUAAGUGUUUUUUUCACUUACCCGUUAGAUCUAGUUCGUGUGAGGAUGGCAUUCGAAACAAAAUCUCUUAGACAAAAACAUAACUUCGGUUCAACCAACCGUAGAGGAAUGCUACAUAUGACGAUUAGAAACAUUUUUAAUGAAACUCCGCCAAUGAUAGUCAACGAUUCAACCUGGCUAGCUCAGGUGAGAAAUAGAUUGCCUCCUAGAGUUGCUUCUAUUUCAAACUUUUAUAGAGGAUUUGCUCCAACUAUUCUUGGGAUGAUUCCAUACGCAGGUGUUGCAUUUUAUACUCAUGACUUGAUUCACGACAUGUUCAGGUCAAAGUAUCUCUCAAAAUAUGCUGUAAGCAAUAGUGUUGCGAUACAAAAUGUUGUGAAAAGCAAUGGCACCACAACAUCUAGAGAUUCAAGACCUCCGUUGAGAGUCUAUGCCCAACUAUGCGCUGGAGGAAUUGCCGGCAUGUGUUCUCAAACGGCAGCAUAUCCUUUUGAAGUCAUUAGAAGAAGAAUGCAGGUAGGAGGUACUGUCAAUCAGGGCCGCUUCCUCUCAUUCACUGACACGGGAAAGUUGAUAAUCAAGGAAAGUGGAGUAAGAGGUUUAUUUGUUGGAUUAAGCAUUGGUUAUCUAAAGGUAAUUCCAAUGGCAGCUUGCUCAUUCUUUGUUUAUGAAAGAUGCAAAUUGCUCAUAGGCAUAUGA